CAUAGGCAGCGAGAAAAGCCAAGCACCAGCCACUACACAUCCAAGAAGCAGAAUAAAGAAAAAGCAGACGAUGUGAGUUGGAUGUCAAGACGCGUCGGUUAACGUUACUGAGAUUUGGGGUUUGAAAGAAAAUUGAAGCCAAUUUUAUGGAUAUAUCGGACUAAUUACGUAACACAAAGGGGUGUUCCACUCCUGGCACCAAACUCGAAGGAAGCAGGUUGAGAAAGAACCCCGAACCAACGUUCUCCGCCGUCAGCUAGCUAGAUUUGAGCGGUAGUGCUAGUAGGAAGGCUAGACAGCGGGCUACUGUCUUGUCUCCCUUGGGUCCGUCUGCUUCUAGUCUGAAGUUCAAGACAAGUUGGCAAGUUUGACAGUUUAAUUUAGGUUCCCCUUCGUCGUUAUGUGUCGCUCGAAGCCGAGGGUCUGCUCUGUUCAAGGUAGCCUAAACACACAAAACGUCAGUGGAAGUUGAAGUCAAGAACUCAGAAGAAGGAUUUGAUGUUAGAUAACUGUUACUAGCGAGUAAGCUAUCUAGCUAAUGUUGCUAAAUUAGCUAAACUUUGAUUUGAAUUCCGGGCACAUAGGUAGCUCGCCAGGCAGUGGACUGCUCUAACGUUAGCUAUUUCGCCAAUUUAACGUUGGCAUCUAGGCUGCUAGUUAGCUAGUUAUGUUUAUUUGUAGCCAUCGAGCUGACAUUUAUGUUUACAAAUUGCACAGUGAGACUCUUUCCUGGAUUGAAUGCUCCAACGGAAAUAUAAGUUAACACAAGCUAGCCCAUAUUUGUUAGCUAGAUAUUUUAUUAUACAGAAUAGCUACCUUGCUAAUUAUAGAGAGUUAGUUAACUGCUCACUGAUUUGCCUUUUCAGGAGUACCAGGGCAGUUAGUUAGUUUAAAAUUAUUAUUGUGCGCUGGAUUUGAACUAAGUUACCGUAGUUAGGUAACGUUAGUUAGCUAAUACACAUGUUGCAACAAAUACAUUUUUCAACGACAAUGGACUAGACGUCAUACCACAUUUUUUUGUCAAGGAAACGAUUGACGUGGCCUGAAACCUCCACACACUUGUCAUCACUGGUGUUACGCGCGUCAGCUAAUAUCCAAUCAUUGGACCGUGUGUGUGUUGAUCAUCUAGCUAAUUAUUGUGGGGGUUGUAGCGAAACAUUGAAACACAAUGUCAGGACAGUCUAUAACGGAUCGGAUCGCCGCGGCACAGCACAGCAUGACCGGGUCGGCUAUCAGCAAAGCCGUGUGCAAGGCCACGACGCACGAAGUCAGCGCCCCCAAGAAGAAACACCUUGAUUACCUGAUCUACUGCACCAAUGAGAUGAACGUCUCUGUCCCCCAGCUGGCAGACACACUGUUUGAGAGAACAGCUAAUAGUAGCUGGGUGGUGGUUUUCAAAGCCCUCAUCACUACACACCACCUCAUGAUGUACGGCAAUGAGCGUCUCAUCCAGUACCUGGCCUCUAGAAACACCCUCUUCAACUUGAACAACUUCUUGGACAAAGGUGCUUUGCAAGGUUAUGACAUGUCUACAUUCAUCCGUCGGUACAGCCGCUAUCUGAAUGAGAAGGCCAUGUCUUACAGGCUGGUGGCUGUGGACUUUACCAAGAUGAAGAGAGGGAUUGACGGUGUGAUGCGUACCAUGAACAUAGAGAAGCUCAUAAAGACCCUUCCUAUAAUCCAGAACCAACUAGACGCACUGCUAGACUUCCAGGCCAACCCUAAUGAGUUAACUAACGGGGUGAUCAACUCAGCCUUUAUGCUGCUGUUCAAGGACUCCAUCCGUCUGUUUGCUGCCUACAACGAGGGCGUCAUCAACCUACUGGAGAAAUAUUUUGAUAUGAAGAAGGGUCAGUGUAAAGACGCAUUGGACAUCUAUAAGAAGUUCCUCUACAGGAUGACCAAGCUGUCAGAGUUUCUCAAAGUAGCAGAGCAAGUUGGAAUAGAUCAGGGCGAUAUCCCCGAUCUCUCACAGACCAUUAAAGGAUCAUGCAUUGCUCCUAGUAGUCUCCUGGAGGCUCUGGAGCAGCACCUAGCCUCUCUGGAGGGGAAGAAGACCAAGGAACUCACCGCUGAUACCAGAGCAUCCACCCUGUCCAGUGCGGUGUCGUCUCUGUCCAGUACAGGCAUGUCCUUCAGCCGCAUGGACGAGAAGGAGAGACAGCAGGCCCUAGAGGAGGAGCAGGCCAGACUGCAGGCCCUCAAGGUACAGGACCAGCGUCUGAAGGAGAUUGGCAUGUCCACUCCUCCAUCUGCCUCCCCCAGUUCACAGUCUAUGGGCAGUGUCAACAACAACCACCACAACACCAAUCAAGGCAUGGAGCUAUUCAGCGCACCCUCCACCAACAGCAUGCCCAACCUCAGUAGUGAUCUCUUUGACCUGCAGCCAGCCUUCCUACCUGCUGUCCAGAGCACUCCCUCUAUCUCUACAGCCACCAGUGCCUGUGGAGGUGCUGCUGAGCCAGCUGAGUCCUCCAUGAGUGUAGAUUUUGACGCUGUUUUCGGGGGCAGGGCUAGAGGACAGGCCAAUAACAACGUACAGCCUGCCACCGAUGGGUUUGACGCUCUAGGGGACCUGCUGAAGCCCACAGUGCCCAGCCACAACCAGGCUCCUCCGAUGGCCCUGCACCACCCAGGCCAUCCCCACCCCGGUCACCCCCAUCCAGGGCACCCAGGAGGCAAGCUGCUGGCCAAUGACCUCGACUCGUCCCUUGCCAACCUCGUAGGCAAUCUGCAGUUCGGAGGAGCCCCAGCCAAGAAUUUGUCGCUGUGUGCUCCGGUGUUCAGGCCAGACAUGCAGUGGAGUCAGCCUGGAGAGAAGAAGCUAACUGGGGGACACAACUGGCAGAGCAAGACCAUGACUACCACCACGGCAUGGAACCCUGCUCCCAUGGCCCCUGCACCCAUGCCUGUACAACACAUGAAUGGGAUGUUCUAUGCCAGUUAUGCUCCAGCUCCUAUGACAUUCCCCAUGACGACACCGCAAGUGCCUAUGUAUGGAAUGGUCCCUCCUCAAAUGGGUCAGAUUGGGGGUGUACAGUUGAUGGCCCCCCAGCCCAUGAUGUACAACCAGCCUGUACUCAGACCCACAAAUCCCUUCGCCCCCAUGCCUGGAGCCCAGAUGCAGUUCAUGUAAUCUCAUGGGGGGAGCAGAGUGCCGAAAGCAAUGGCAAAAACACACACAGCGAACCAACGAAGACUAGAUGAACGAAUGAAUGAACGAAGGAAUGACAGACACAGACGAAAGGACAGACUGAAGAAAAACCAACCAACACCAAAUACUAGAGGAGAGGAAGAGCGAAGAGAAAGAAAGGGAGGGUGAACCCGGGAGAUGGCGGAUAGACGGAAGGAAGGAUAGAGCACGGAGGAGGGGAUAUGUCAUAAUAAAGGCUCAUCUCUCUGUCUGAAACAGCCCCCCUCACUAAAAAAAUCUAAAAUAAAUACUGUAUAUUUAAAAAACAACCGCUGCCGAAAUAACGGAAGCCCAUUACUGGGUUUAAAAUGACCUAAAACCUGAAUGUGUAGGUCGUUUUGAGUCGACAGUGUGAAGGGAUCAGGGGUUAAGAGGUCCUACGUUUAUUGCACUUAGGACCAGUGUAUAUAUUAUGAAGUCUCUUUGUUGGGUUAGUUUGUCCUCUGUUACGUUCUCUGGUCGUUGGUGUACAUAGAUAGAUAGCCUAGGCCCUGUUACAGUUACUGGGACUCUUUGUGGUUGUAUGUAUGUUACUAAGUUGAUAUUGAGCAAUUUGUCACACAGAGUAAAAGAGCGAGGACGGGAGAGGUGAGGAUCUAGCCGUAGGCAGAACAGACGGGUUUGGAUAGAAAUAGAUCUGUAGGUUAAAGUUGCAUCCACCCUCUCUGGAUGGUGAGUUAGUUACACACUGGUUGGAAGACGUAGAUGUUUAGAUUCAGUUGUUCUAUUUGUAAGCACUUGUGUGUGCGCGUGCACACUGUUUAUAAACCAUUUAUUUGUGAGCUGGUCUCUACCUUCUUUCUUAGCCAACGGUUUCUAUAAAUCUUUAUUUUAAUUCUCCAACUUUCUCACCGUUACUGAUAUCGAUCAAACGGGUGGAACCAAAGUCACACAGUACUGCUUGUCCCUGCUCGCUUUCCAUCCUUGACUGUUCGGUAGUUAAGAAAAGCACUUAAGGUGUGUAUGUUACCCAAGGGAGCUGUUUCAGACAUGGAGAAGCCUUCACCACGUGCAAUCAGACUAAGUAUAAAACAUUAAGGACAGCCCUCUACCCUCAUCCUCACAACCACCAUAAUCUUACCACCAGCCCAACCCUCAUCUGCUUCUUAUGUCUACUCUAUUUGUCCAUGAAGAGCCACUAGAGAACUGUUGUAAAAUGUUUUUAAUCCCUCCUCUUUAUUUGUGUGUCUUGUAAAAAGUGUAUUCUUCAUCCUCA